GUUGUUUUGUACAGGAUGGUUGAGACGAGGCGUGGCGUGUGACUGCAAUACCGCCACUGUGCUCCGGACAGCGCGCCGUGCGGACAUGGCGCGACUCCUGCGGCCGCCGACCCGCACGGUGGGGCGGCUUCGUCGGGUCCUCGUGUAGGAUGUCAUUGAAGACGCCGACGCCGGCCGCCGGCGAGCGCGAGACCUGGGGCAAGAAGGUCGACUUCCUGCUCUCAGUCAUCGGCUUUGCCGUCGACUUGGCCAACGUGUGGCGCUUCCCCUACCUCUGCUACAAGAAUGGAGGGGGAGCGUUCCUGGUGCCGUACUGCAUCAUGCUGGUGGUGGGCGGCAUCCCGCUGUUCUACAUGGAGCUGGCGCUAGGCCAGUUCCACCGCAAGGGCGCCAUCACCUGCUGGGGCCGCCUAGUGCCGCUCUUCAAAGGCAUAGGCUACGCUGUGGUGUUAAUCGCGUUCUACGUGGACUUCUACUACAACGUGAUUAUUGCGUGGGCGCUGCGCUUCUUCUUCGCGUCUUUCACCACCAUGCUGCCCUGGACCAACUGCGACAAUGAAUGGAACACGCCUGCUUGUAAACCGUUCUCGGCGUUUCUGCAUCAGACGAGCACCAACCAAUCCCGCACACACAAUUCCACAAUGGCGGCUGCAGCGACUACCCCUUUCACUUCCGCCGCUUCCGAGUACUUCAACCGGGCUAUACUGGAGCUUCAAGGCAGCGAAGGGCUGCACGACCUGGGCGCGAUCAAGUGGGACAUGGCUCUGUGCUUGCUGGCAGUCUACAUCAUCUGCUACUUCUCGCUCUGGAAGGGCAUCAGCACUUCUGGCAAGGUGGUUUGGUUCACGGCUCUCUUUCCUUACGCGGUACUUCUGAUUCUUCUGGUACGUGGCAUCACUCUACCCGGCUCGGCGGACGGCAUUCGGUACUACCUCAGUCCCAACUUUGAGGCUAUUACACAACCUCAGGUGUGGGUGGACGCGGCGACUCAAGUGUUCUUCUCUCUUGGACCUGGUUUUGGCGUGCUCUUGGCGUAUGCUUCAUACAAUAAGUACCAUAAUAACGUAUACAAAGACGCCCUCCUAACAAGCGUGAUCAACUCCGCUACUUCAUUUGUCGCUGGCUUCGUCAUCUUCAGCGUUCUGGGUUACAUGGCCAACGCGUCUGGGCGACAUAUUGAGGAUGUGGCCACAGAGGGUCCAGGGCUUGUCUUUGUGGUGUACCCAGCUGCUAUAGCGACCAUGCCGGGUUCGACGUUUUGGGCGCUGAUAUUCUUUAUGAUGCUGCUUACGCUGGGACUGGAUAGCUCUUUUGGCGGUUCUGAGGCCAUAAUAACAGCGCUAAGCGACGAGUUCCCCCCGAUCGGGCGCCACCGCGAGAUCUUCGUGGCCUGCCUCUUCACACUGUACUUCUUUGUGGGCCUGGCUUCUUGCACCAAGGGCGGUUUCUACUUCUUCCAACUUCUGGACCGGUACGCGGCAGGAUACUCCAUUCUGGUGGCUGUGUUCUUUGAGGCGAUUGCUGUUUCUUGGAUUUAUGCGCAUACGCACCCUCACCACGCCCUACGCAGACACCGAGGCCCGUCGCAGCGUUACCAACGGUAUGGUGGUGUCAGAAAGCGGCGGCGUGCGGCUAGCCUCCGCUGCACCAUCUCCCAGCACACCACCAGCGACCACCCCCACGACACCCGGCCUCGCCGCAGGCCCCGCGCUCGUCUGAGCGCAACUCUCCUUCGACGUCUACUAUGUGUAGUCCGCUUAGCCUCAUUUAGCAGUUGUGUUGAACCGUCUCUAGGAAAUCGGGGUUGUGCAACGUAUUCUGGUUACGACAAUUGUGUCAGUUCAUCGGAUAGUUGCUGGAUAAAAAAGGUUGUCGAUAUUAUUUAGGCGUUUAAAAUGUUAGAGGCUAAGGUAAUGCUUGAUGCUUUUAAUUAUGAUCUUACCUUUCUUUUGUCGAAUUUAUAGGAGAGUGUAUGUAAUAGCAGUUUUACUUCCCCAAAACAGGCAUAAUAUUUUUUAGUAUAACGUGAGUAUGAAACUAGUGUUUUCGAUUGGUUUACGCUUUAACUCUAUAUUUUUUGUACAGAACAAGUUAUGUUAAUCAUAUAAUAUAAGGAAAUAAUAUUUAUACAUUAUACUCAUGAUGAAAUAUUGUGCUGUGAUGGAUGAUAUAUUAGAAAUUACUACGCAUAUUUUGAUGAGUUUUGUAGUUGGUAAGAAUCAUUUUGACGCUUACUGCUGUGCCAGUAAUAAGAUAUGCUAUGUAACGUUUUAAAUUGCUAUUCAUAUCAUAUGUAAUAUUUAAACGAUUACCUAUAAUGUAUUGUUUUGCUGAUUUAAUUAUAUAUAAGUAUUUUACUGAAGUAUUUAGCAAGCUUUACCGAUUAAAACUAAAAAAGUAUCCAGUAGAAAAUUAGUCAUAAACCCAAAUAAGUAAG